CAUAACCUAACCGCUUUACUUUUAGUACCACAACCUUAUCACACUAACGACUUGUUCUAUAUUUGUUUUGGAUACGGGUGGCAACAGGAGAAGAACCCAACAUUCGAACAGCGAGCGGCAGUUCCAGAAGACAUCAUACAUUUGUGCUCUGAAAAGGUGAUAUUGAAGCUCUUGCGGAACAUAAUGGGCGUGUGUGGUUCUCAACUUGCAGUGGAGAGAGCUGUGUUGAACGAGAAACUUAAAGCAAAAGAGGAAAAGAUCUCAAAUCUUGAAGAGGACAAGAAGAACAAAUCUGACAAGAUUGAAAUCCUGCAAGAGAAGAAAAGUGACACCGAUAAGCUAUUGGUGAAAAAUAAUGAGCAAAUUGAGAAACUCAAAGACGAAAACUCUGACCUUAGAACUGCGAACCGGAAGAUGGUGGAAAAGAUGGAGCAGUCACCAACUAUUAAAGAUUCGACUUUGAAUUUAGUGGAUCAUGGGUUAAAAUGGACUGGGCUUAAAUAAUAGACCUGUUCAAGCAAUGCCGAAUUCAUGUUCGUGCUAGAUUUUAGUCUAUGACAAAAGCAGUCUACAUAUAUUCAAAGUCUUCAUGAUCUUAAUCUGAAAAACCAUUGUGCUGCCUGAAAGUAGUUCUGACAUAGUGUCAUUUCACUUGCUUGACAUUCGACCCUCUUUCGGAUGGAUACAAUAGUUUAUCACUAAAUUAAUUUAAAUGUUAAUUUGGGCUCAAACACAUAAGAAAUGACAAAUAUAAUUCACAUGCAGAAUGAUCUCCAGUCGGUAUAAGAGUGAAAACAGUACUGUAACAUUGACAUUUUGCAUCAGAAAUUACAAAACAUCUCAACAAUAAUGCCAAGAAUAUCACUUUAGCAUAGGGAAAAGGCCAUAAGUAUGAUCCAACUGGGGGCAACAACCUUUAACUGCACGCGCAUUACAAUCACCCGUCCUACGUCUCGUUUUCAUCUAACAACCAGUACCAGGGACAGGCCCAGGAGCUGCAGACCACCCGUGACCAGGUCCAACGAAGAUCGCUACCUUCUGUUUUUUGCAUCUUAGGAACAAAUUUGUAUCAGCUGUAACCACCCUUGGUCGUCCAGUCAGACGAAGGACAGUGUCUAGGAGAUUGGACUGCUUGAUAUAUUCAGGUGCACAGAUCUCUGCCAGGCGUAGCCUUAAGACACCAACAUCAAAUUCAGAAGUUAAGAUGCGCAUGGACCAGGUACUACGUUCCGUUGUCCUGCAUUUUCUGCUGCAGAAAAUAAACUCCCUGUUCUAAAAGGUCAACACCAGGCCACACACGGCAAGGACUACAACCAACUUUCUGCACGCCAAAGACGUCAAUGUCUUGCCCUGGUCACCAUGAUGUCCCUUUCUGGAUCGCGGGUGAGAGAAAGACCAGUGUCACCGCUCUCAAGACACGGGUUAAGGAAUGGCACCAGAUUCCAGCAGCCCUCAUCAGACGUCUGACGUUCUCAGUUUUGCGUCGAGUUAUAGCAUACUUACGUGCCAAAGGUGGACACACACGUUAUUGGCUGAUCUUGUCAUUUUAAGGAUACUUUACUGUGCAUGGGGACCCUUGACAACUUGAUCGAAUACUGAACACUGACCCCCUCAUUAUCCGUUAACUUUUUUGUACACAUAACAUAUGCAUAACAUAAUGUCUCUUAAAAAUGAAAUUAUCUUGUUUUGUUUUUAGAAACGCGAUUUUUCUUUUGCUUGUCAGUUCAGUUAAUUGGGUCGAUUGAAAUUUGGAAGAGGAAAUAAUGUGUCAUGUCAUUCAACAAUAUUCUGAAAAUUCGUGAGCGCACUAAUAUUAACUUUAGGGUAUGUUACUUAAAACUGCUUCGACCUAUUUGACCAAUUGUAUUGCCUGUUUUCUUGUAAAACUGUGUGUAGAAAUAUAUUUUAUUGAUUGUUCAUAGAUGGUGUGUGGUCAUUGACUGAUUAAACAAUUUCAUAUUGUGAAAACCUAUUUCCUGAUUAACAUAGUCGUAGCGCUAAGAUCGCUUUGUGGAAGUGGGCCAUGUAGUCAACUGUCUGUUUUCACGUCUUUGUACUAUCAUUUCUGGACUUUCCAUAGUUUAUAAUAAAUCAC